CAAAAUGCCACGAAGUCAAGCAUAUAACUGAAAAUUAAUUGAAAAAGAAAGAAAGUAAUGUGUGUUGAAGCGUGAAUAACAAAAUCGAAAUGCCACAUCUGAAAUACAAAGAAAAGGUGAAAGUGUGAAAACUGAAACAGAAGUUUGACUUUAAUAUCUCUGGCUACCUGAAAACGGUUAUUGCGUUGGCCUUUCAGUUUUAGGGUUUAAAAUCUUUCAUUUAAUCAGACGAACUUUGAAGCUUUGUAGUUUGCUCCAUUGCUUAGUCAUGGCUGAUACCAAACGUUACCUUCCCAAUCAACCUUUAGAUCUUGAACAGAUACUGAAGGAAGCCCCGCACCGCUGGCUUCGCCCAGCUGAAAUUUGUGAAAUCUUGCGCAAUCAUCUAAAGCUCUACUUGAAUAAGGAGUCCCCAGUCAAACCUCCAGGCGGUUCAGUGUUUCUAUAUGAUCGGAAAGUAGUACGAUAUUUCCGUAAAGAUAGUCACAACUGGAGAAAGAAGAAGGAUGGUAAAACUGUGAAAGAAGCUCAUGAAAAGUUGAAGGCAGGCAGCAUUGAUGUUCUUCACUGUUACUAUGCCCAUGGAGAAGACAACGAGAACUUUCAGAGGCGAAGUUAUUGGAUGCUUGAACAACAGUUGGAGCACAUCGUCCUUGUACAUUACAGAGAAGUAAAAGAGGGUUACAAAGUAGGUGCCUCCCGUCUGCAACCAGUACAUCCAGGGCCACUGCUUGAAAAUCCUCAAAGUAAGUCCACGCCGUGCUUUGAGUCUGGCCUAAUAGUUCAGAAAUCUCAUACAUCAAGUCCAAGCUCAGUUGACUGGAAACAACAGGCACUCUUUUCUGAACUUCACAGUGGUGAUUCCAAAGGACUUGUGGAGUUCUCGAGGGACAGCUUUCAGCUCAAUCCACAAGUUAGCUCAUUCAUGUCUACUGACUUUCAUAGCUCAGAGAGAAAUUUAAAUGUUACGCUAGAGCAAAAGUUCUACUCGGGACACCUUAAUGUGGCUGAUUUGCUGUCCAAUAAACUCACUUAUGCAAGAUUAGAUGUUGGUAAAGCCGUUAAAGAUGUGGCAAACAGCAGAAACAGAUUGGCUAUUACUUCCGGGGAAGCAUUUGAGGAGAAUAUCCAUGUAGCUCCAUCUCAGAUUCAGAACAUUUCCAGCUCUCAGACUGUUGUGACUUCUGAUGCUACAGUUCAAACUAGUUCCUUGGAAGGUGGACUCGACAGUGAUGAAGCUGGAAGACUAAAUAAACUUGAUAGCUUUGGAAGAUGGAUGGAUAGAGAGAUCAGUGGAGACGGCGACGAGUCCCUGAUGGCCUCUGAUUCUGGCAACUACUGGAAUACCCUUGAUACUGAUAAUGAGGAUAAAGAAGUUUCGAGUUUAUCACGUCACAUGCAGUUGGACACUGAUUAUUUAGGCCCUUCUCCAUCCCAAGCGCAGCUGUUCAGUAUCUCUGAUUUUGCUCCAGAUUGGGUCUACUCAGGAGUGGAAACAAAGGUUUUGAUCAUAGGUACCUUUCCUGGCCACGGGAAGCAUCCGACCUGUCAGAAAUGGAGCUGUAUGUUUGAUGAAGUUGAGGUCUCUGCAGAAGCUCUGACUCACAGUAUCCUUCGAUGUCAAGUUCCUUCUCAUGCUCCUGGACGUGUUCCUUUUUAUGUAACCUGCAGCAAUAGGUUAGCAUGCAGUGAGGUGCGGGAGUUUGAAUAUCGCGAAAGACCAUCAGAACUAGCUCUUGCCCUUAGACCAAGUGAUGAAGUGCGUCUGCAAGUGAGACUAGCUAAAUUGCUAUAUUCAGGCUUAAAUUUGAAAUUCUUGGAUUGCUCUAGGAGAGAGUGUGAAAAAUGUAUAUUGAAGACUCUGCUAUGUUCUUUGAAAUGCAACACUGGCAAUGCUUCUGAAAGAUUAGAGGACUUACUUGCCAUUAUUGAAGGCAAUCAUAUCAACUUUAGAGAUAUGUUGAUUCAGAAUUUCAUGAAGGAUAAAUUUUAUGAAUGGCUAGUCUUUAGAGCACAUGAAGAAGAUAAAGGUCCAAAUAUUUUGGAUGAUGAAGGACAAGGGGUUAUUCAUCUAGUGGCUGCCCUUGGUUAUGAAUGGGGUUUGGUUCCGUUAAUUGCUGCUGGUAUUAGUCCUAAUUUCAGGGAUGCACGUGGUAGGACAGCUCUUCACUGGGCCGCACAAUAUGGAAGGGAGGAUAUGGUGAUUGCACUUGUAAAGCUUGGUGUAGCUGCUGGUGCCGUUGAAGAUCCAACAGCUGCAUCCCCUGGCGGGCAAACAGCUGCUGAUUUGGCUUCUAGUGGAGGUCACAAAGGGAUUGCUGGAUACUUGACAGAAUCAGAUAUUACUGUUCAUCUUCAGUCAUUGCCUAUGAAUAAUAAUGCUCUAGACGAUAUUGGUGCUGGGCUUGAAGCUGAAAAGGCUUUUGAAUCUGCAGCCCAAGAGGUUGUUCCUUUGAAUGGAACGAUAGAUGAUGAAAUUUCCUUGAAAGUAUCUCUUGCUUCUUUGAGGAAAUCAGCUCAUGCUGCAGCAUUGAUUCAAGCUACUUUUAGAGCUCGUUCAUUCCGUCAGAGACAGCUUACAGAGAGUAGAAUUGAUGUUUCUGAAGCUUCACUUGACCUUGUUGCUCUGGGCUCCCUGAGCAAGGUCCAAAAGGUGAAUCACUUUGAGGACUAUUUACACUCAGCUGCCAUUAAAAUCCAGCAGAAAUAUCGUGGCUGGAAAGGGAGGAGAGAAUUUUUGAAGAUACGUAACCGGAUUGUGAAAAUCCAGGCUCAUAUACGUGGACAUCAAGUUCGUAAGCAAUAUAAAAAGUUCGUUUGGUCGGUCAGUAUACUUGAAAAGGUCAUUCUGCGUUGGAGGAGGAAAAAACCAGGAUUACGAGGAUUUCGGCCAGAAAAAACUAGUCAGGAAGGAACACUUGAGUUUGAGAAGAACGACGAGUAUGAAUAUCUAAGUAUUGGUCGAAAACAGAAGUUUGCUGGAGUUGAGAAGGCUUUGGCAAGAGUUCAGUCCAUGGUACGUCAUCCAGAGGCAAGAGACCAGUAUAUGAGGCUGGUUGCAAAGUUUGAAAGUUCUAAGUUGGAUGAUGGAGGGAGCAGUAGGUCAUCACCAGUUUAGCUUUUCAAGACACGAGCAAAGGCACUCGUCAAUUGUUUGUAGAAAUACCCCUUUAAUCACACCAAAAUGUACUGCUUAGAGUUGAUCCUAGUCUAACAUGUAUGAAAUUUAGUCAACUGGGAAGAGAAAGGAGGAGGAUGUACGUCGCGUUUUCUGUUGUUUCAGUCAUACCCAGUUCCCACUAGGUUAGAAUGGUCAAAAUGUACAGCAUUUUAAUAGAGAAUGUAUAGCUACGGAACUUGUUGGACACGUUUCGGCUGAACCCUUACUAAUAGAUGCCAUCUACUGACCAAAACUGGGAGCAUAUAAAUAAGAAGUAUCAUGUUAACAGUGUCAA